GGUAUCUCAUCAAAUCAUAUGAAUUGAAGCUUCAACCCUUUCCUUUCACUCUUUAUCCAUGGCUGCUGCUAGUUCUUCAACUUCAUUGUGUCUCAUUUGGUUCUUCUUCAUCACCAUCUUACACUUAUUCACAUCUAUGUGGGCGAAAUCCGACACAUAUAUCGUGCACAUGGACUUAUCUGCUAUGCCAAAAGCUUUCUCUGAUCACCAUAAUUGGUAUGCUUCAGCUCUAUCUUCUAUUCGCCAUCAUCCAAAAAUAUCAACCACUACCCAUUCUAUGGACAUUAUCUAUACUUAUAGUAAUGUUAUGCAUGGAUUCAGUGCAAGUCUUUCAUUAGCUGAACUAGAAUCACUUAGAAACUUACCUGGUUUUGUUUCUUCGCAUCGAGAUUUACCUGUUCGGGUCGAUACAACUCAAACUCCUCAGUUUCUAAAUUUAAAUUCCAACUAUGGUGCAUGGCCGACAUCAAAUUACGGCAAAGAUGUCAUAAUUGGUGUAGUUGAUACAGGAGUUUGGCCUGAGAGUAAGAGUUACAGUGACGAAGGACUGGGUGAAGUUCCAUCUAGAUGGAAGGGAGAAUGCACGGAGGGAACUGAAUUCAAUUCUUCGAUGUGCAAUAGGAAACUCAUUGGAGCUAGAUUCUUCAAUAAGGGUCUAAUUAGUAAUAUCCCAAAUAUAACAAUCACAAUGAAUUCAACACGAGACAGUGAAGGACACGGGACACAUACUUCAUCCACUGCUGCAGGGAGUUUUGUCGAAGGUGUAUCGUCCUUCGGAUAUGCCAAUGGGACAGCAAAAGGAAUGGCACCAAUGGCCCGCGUCGCUAUGUACAAGGCACUGUGGGAGGAGGAAGAUGCAUACUCAUCUGAUGUUAUUGCUGCUAUAGAUCAAGCAAUUGCAGAUGGGGUUGAUGUUAUUUCCUUAUCCUUUGGUAUAGAUGGAGUCCCUUUGUAUGAAGACCCUGUGGCUAUUGCUACUUUUGCAGCAAUGGAGAAAGGAAUUUUCGUUGCAACAUCUGCCGGCAAUGAAGGCCCUCAGUUUGGAAUUUUACACAACGGAAUACCAUGGGUGCUUACGGUAAGUGCAGGUACCAUUGAUCGUGAAUUUAACGGAAUUGUAACUCUAAGUAAUGGAGUUACGAUUUUUGGUUCAACUCUUUACUCGCCAAAUUCAUCUUUGUGUGAAGCGCCGUUAAUGUUCAUGAACACAUGCAACAGUACAAAGGAUUUGAAGGAAGUCGGAUUUAAAAUCGUUGUUUGUGUGGCCACAGAUGAUUCAGUUGUCGGACAAGUCGAUAAUGUAAACAAUGGUAUUGUUGCUGGAGGUAUCUUCAUUUCCAACAGUUCUCUCAUACACUACCUUUUAGAAAGUUCAUUUCCAGCAGUUUUCAUAAACCCGAAAGACGGUCAAUCAAUCUUAAACUACAUAAAGAUGAGUUCAAAUCCAAGAGCCAGCUUACAGUUUCAAAAGACUCGUGUUGGUAGAAGGAUAAAUGAACCAGCACCAAGGGUAGCCGACUAUAGUUCUAGAGGUCCAUCACCGAGUUGCCCUAGUGUCUUGAAACCGGAUAUCAUGGCUCCUGGAACUCUAGUUUUAGCAGCAUGGCCAUACAGCGGCUACAUUCUCUUAUCUGGAACAUCCAUGUCUUGCCCACACAUGGCAGGUAUUGGAGCACUUCUAAAAGGUGUACAUCCUGAAUGGAGUUCAGCCGCUAUUCGGUCCGCCUUGAUGACCACAGCCGAUGCCGUAGACAAUAGUGACAGUUUUAUAAAGGAUAUCGGAGAUAAUUAUCAACCUGCUUCACCUCUUGCUAUGGGGUCCGGUCAUGUUAAUCCCAACAAAGCCAUGGAUCCUGGGCUUAUAUAUGACACAAAUGCUGAAGAUUAUGUUAACCUUCUUUGUUCGAUGAAUCAUACUUCAAAACAAAUUCAAACCAUUACAAGGAGAUCUAGUACUAGUUACAAUUGUUCGAAGAACCCGUCUUUGGAUAUCAAUUACCCAUCUUUCAUUGCCUUCUUUAACGUCAACGAUUCGUCUUCGGAUACUAAAGUCGUACAAGAAUUUAAGAGGACAGUGACAAAUGUCGGGAAUGGAGCGUUCACUUAUACAGCUAACUUGACACCCAUGGACGGAGUUCAAGUGACUGUGACUCCUGAAACACUGGUUUUCAAAGAAAAAUAUGAGAAACAAAGUUUUAAGGUUUCUUUAGAAGGGCCAAAAAUGAUGAAACAAGUUGUUUCCCAUUGUUCUCUUAGUUGGGUUGAAGUUGGAGGUAAAUAUGUUGUGAGAAGUCCCAUUGUUGCUACUAGACUUAGUUCGGUACCAAUUACUACUAAUUAAUAAACAUUGAUCUCUCUUCACGAACCCCAUCAUCUUCUGGCAUUUUCAGCGUUACCAUGAUAAUGGACGGUGAAGUGAUGCAAGAAGGUUAAAAGUAAUAGGAAAUGUUAUUCAUCUCUAUUAUUUCUAUUAGGUCGAGAUCUUUGAUAGUCUAAGUAUUGUCUUGAAUUAAUAGAAAGUUGUGUGAGUUCUAAAGCUUGGGUUUCAUAUAACCUCCAUUGUUAUAUCAUCCUCUUCCUUAAUAAUAUCUGUGU